AGAAACCAGAUGAAAAACAUAAAUAUUCCAAGAAAAAGUUAACUUUCAGCCUUAAGAUGACCCUUAUUUGUUUUUAUUUUGCUUGAAACAAGCUGAUAUAUUUUUGAAGAGUUAAGUUUUCAAGAAUUCAAAAUGUCUGCUAAUAGUUUUCUUUUAUCAUUAGUAGCAGGUUCUGACAUGCUGGUGGUGCUAAAAUGAUAAAAAUGAUGCAGACAGUGCAGUACAGAAUAUCAAGAAUGUGUUAAGAUAUUGAUAAAUAUUCUAUAAGAAGAUUUAUAAAUAUGGAGGAAAGUGGAGAACAUGUGUGUGAUCUCUGUAAAGUGACAUAUGCCUCUGAAAGUGAGCUGGAUGACCACAACUGGUCGUUGAUGCACCAUAUUAAGGUGGAGAAAAUAAAAAAGGGAGCCCCCCAUAGCUGCAACCUGUGUAUGCUGACGUGUUCCAACCUGAUAGACUAUGGAAAACAUCUGAAUGAAGAUCGGCACAAGCUCGCGCUGAGUCGUCGAGCGAAAGAAGGCAACGAAAUGCUUGAUUCAUUUGCAGGAUCAGGAAACAUUUUUGAAGCCGAAACAAAAAAUGACAGGAACCUUCAGCCAGAUCAGAAGGAGAAGCCAAGAAGUCUUCUGGACAUGCCUUUGCCAGCUCAGUUUGCCCAUAGUCAAAUGUUCAAUGAAAGCUUCAUGCAGAAUCAAUUUGGACCUUCAUCAUAUCCAGCACAUUUUGAUUACCAGCCGGCAAAUUGGCAAGAGUUUCUGGAUAUAAGUCAAGGUCAAGGUCCUAGCUGGAAAGGAAAUAGUCGUGGAGGUCAAAGGGAUCAGAUGAUUGGUGAUGGUCAUGGUGAAGGCAAAGGUCGGUUUAAAGUUCCAAGAGGGAGGGGCAGAGGUCACCAGAGAACACACAGUGAUAUUCAUCCAAGAGAAAUACCUGUAUCUUUUUAUGAAGAUGAUUUCCAGGGUGUUAAUUGGAAUGACCAUCAUUUUUACUCUGAUUCUUAUGGUGACAGGCAAAUGAAGGAUGAAUUUCCAUGGAAUGAUACAGGUAGAGGGAGGAGUGGGCGAGAUAAAAGAAGGGGCAGUUUUGACAGUACCUUCACAAGAAACGACAGAGGGUAUCCAGCAGAAACAUCUAGUCCUGAGCUUAAAAACUGGGACGGGUCUGAUCCUAGAGAAACACCUGAACGAGGGAGAGGUAUUCUGCGUGAUGGUAGAUAUCACAGAAGGUCAAGGUCAUAUGAAAAUAUUUCUCCUGAGAGUAACUCGUCAUCAGAUUCUAGUUUGAAGAGAAGAAGGGAAAACGAAGAUCAGGUUGGUUUAACCCAACCUGAGAGAUCUCGUAGGCGAAUCAUAGCCCCUGAUCAAUACGCCUCUUCUUCAUCAGGGUACCAGUCUGGAAGAUCAUCUAGAUUGAUGGAAGAUAGAAGUAACCACAGACCGAGAAGUCGAAGCACAAGUCAAGACCGGUCACUUUCAUUAAGAGAAUCUAGGUCUGAGACAGAAAGUGAAGGGAAGGCAAAGUCAGUGUCUUGGUCAGAUCAGCAGCAGGUAUCGUCAACUUCAGAAAAGCAAGAGGAGGAGAGGAAAGUUAGAAAAAGUCAUUAUGGUCAAUCCAGACCUGACACUGGAAUGAACGGUCAAGACCAAAGAGAUGUUAGAGGUUACAGGAAAGCUAGGACUGCUAUAGAGGAAAAGCAGACAAUUCUUCCUGAUUCUUCAUCCGACUUGGAAGAGAAGAAAAGAACAAACAUAAAUAUGAUGAAAAGCAGGAAUAAAGCUGGAGCAAGGAGGAACCAAUCCCCUAAAGGGGAAAGAAAAGGUGUUGCAACUGGUGAUAAUACUGAGAGUAUUUUGGAGAAAGCUGAAAAAUUGUGUCAGAAACUUAGAAGUGAAAGAGAGCAGGCAAGUAAAAAGAAAAAGAGUGAGGAAAAGAUAAAGAAAAUGGAAAAAGAAACAGAACUGAACAAAAAAUUGGAAACAUUAGCUGAAAUGAACAAAUCUAAUAUAAGAGGAGUUUUGGAUAUGGAAAUGAGUGCGCCACUUGGCAGUAGGCCUGAAUUGCCAGUUAGUGCUAGUAAUUCAGAUGUAUUGGAUAGUUUAUCAAGUUCAGACACAGGAAGCUCUGUUAAAGCUGCUGGAACGCUGAGCAGAAAAGUAACUGCUGAAAAACCAUAUGCAGUUCAGAGAGCGAGGAAUGAAUCUCAAGAGGUUGCUGAAAGAAUCGCCAGGACAAAAGCUGAUAUUGAUAGCAUAAGAGCUAAGAUUGAGUCUAGUGUGCAAAAUGAAAUGUCAGGUCAGAAAGUUAGUGCUCCAUCAGCUGAGAUGUCUAUACCACCUACGAGAUAUCCUGCUUCUACUGAUCAGUCUGCUCUCGUUAAAAUGGUGAAUUCACCAAGAACGCCAAAGGAAAAGUUAUCUCUCGCACAAAUGCUAAGAGAACAUGCCAAAUCUCAGACAAAGUUUUCCCUACAAAGAUUUAACUUGAAGUACUCAGAUCUUUGUUCCGGGGUUGGAGAAAAAGGUGAUGAGUAUACCAAUAUCAAUGUCGAUCAACUAGAUACAAACAGUAUUCUGGAAAUUGCCAAUCUUAUUGAACUAGAUAUAAAACCAGACAUUGGUUACUUGGAACAAUUACUUGAUAAAGCAAGUGUUGAGAAUGUGGUAUUAGAUGAAGCAGUUCUCUCAAACUUGGGCAUACAAGGUGGCUCUGCAGUUAAAUCAAAGGCUAGCCCAAGCCCGUCCAGUGUUCAGCAUGGAACCAUGUCUCCAAAUCGCACUCAAUCACCUGUUCGUAGAAAUAUUCAUUCUGAUUAUGCAGAAAGGGAAAUUAAAACCACAAAUGAGAAAAUUACAAGACACAGAAGCAGGUCACCAAUUUCUGAAAAAAAUAACAGGGAGCAGCAAAUGCCACCACCACGGAGAGAACAUUUUCUUGGUGAACAGUAUGAAUCACCAUCAUUUCAUACAGGCGUGCCUGCCCCACAGAGAGUUCUUGAUCUUGAUGACCUUCGAUCAACUCGUGGAAGGAAGUCUCCAUCACCAAUCCCUGGUAAAGCUGCGAUAGAUGAACAUGGAAAUAGAUUUUCAUCCUCGCUUCCCAUUUCUAAUCCUCCUUUGACCAAUGCGUCUCAACUGUCUUCAUCUACCUCUUCCAUUACACCAUAGUCGGCAAAUAUAAGAAUUAAGCAAGAAAAAGAAGACAACGAAUACAAUCAAGCACUGAGAGAUACAAAAGAGAGAGGGCCAAUUUCUGAACAGCGAGUAUCAAAAGGGGAAAGCCCAGAUAUUGGUCAAGACAGAAGAGAGGGAAGGUCUAGAGACAAUAUGUCUGAAAGUCAGGAUAAUAUAGAAGCUCAGGGCAGGUUUUCUCCAGUACAGAGGAGUGUACACACAAGAAAUCUAUACAAUGAUGACUUCCUGGUGAGAGAACCAAAGAGCAGGUCACAUGAACAAACUGUUGAAGGUAAAAAUUGUUCUGAGAUGGGUUAUGAGUUGAGUGUUAAAAGUGUAACUGUUAGUGCGCCAUCUCAGCAAAUGCCAUGUUCCGCCUCAGAACAGGUUAGCCGAAUACUCAGCUCGGUUCCAGCCCCAGAUGUGGACAGUCAACGAGCUUCUGGGGCCCAAAAGGGUCACAGUGAUGUCCAGAGAUCACAAGGGCAACAUAAAGGAGCCAGGGACGGUGGUGGGCCUGUCUUCUCAUUGGCUAGAAUGGCAGCUGAAGAGAAAGCAAGGGCCACGGUUUCAUGUGUACCAGAAGUGGAAAGACCAAUAAGGUCCUCGUCCCCUAAUCCAGCAGAGAAAGACAAGCCACUGGACAGCUCUGUGAACAGUCAGGCAUCAAUUCUGGACGAGGUCUACAGAAUGAGUCUACAUGAGGAGAACAUGCGAAGCCAGAUCAGCACUGUCGAUCUCAAGAUUAGCAAACUCAGGUCACUAAUCGAGGAAGCCUCUCAACAACUUGACAUAUUUUCGGAUGAAAAACGACAGUUGGAGAAACAAGAAAAGUCUUGCAGAACAAAAAGGAUUAAACUUUUGGAAGAGAGUCGCAGCUCCUCAGCGUGUUCACAGACAGGUGCUGGCGGACUUCCCUCCUACCUUGCCAGCCAGUACAGUGAUAACCCAGUCUUUAUGAAGUUCCUUAUGUCACGCCAAUCAGAUGUAUCGUCCAUCGGGGGUUUCUCAAACGUUGAAUCCGGCUCUCAGCCUGAUUCUGACGUUCAGGCUCAGAGAAGAGGGUCAUUCACGUCAAAUGUUUCCGAGCCUAAUUCUGCUGGGGAUUUAGACGCUAGGAUAACUACAGAAAAUCCAGCUAGUCCUCUUUUCUCAAAAUCUUUAGACGUUUUAACAGGAAGCACUGAAACUAUCACAUCAUCAAAAUCGAAAGGUUUUGAAUUCUCAAGUUCGGAAACUAGCACACCGAGAGCCUCUAAUGAACAAAAACCUAAAGAAGAUCCUCACAAUGAUGAAGUUUGGACUAAUGAUGCUUUAAAUUCUAAUAAUACUGUGAGUUUCAUAAAUACUCCAUUGGAAAAAGUGGGGUUUGUGACUCUCGAAGCACUGAUGAAAGGUGAUACUGACAUAGGAAAAAUGUUGAACAAAAGUAUUGAAUCCAUAGAGAAAGGUGUGAUACCAGAGGGUGCAUCCCCCUUGCAAUCCCCCUUGCAUAAACAGUCAAGUAAUGAAAGUAAUGUAACAGGUGUAGGUGGAACGCUGAGAGAAAGACGUGACAGUUCUUUUAGUAUAGGUUCUGAGGGCUCGGAUAGUGAAAAAAGAAAGGUUUCGAUGAAGUACAUGGGGACAUUGCCGGGAGGAAUGAACUAUGAAGCCUUUGUUAAGCAGAUGUCAGAGGAAAAUAAGAACAAGAACAUCAUGUUCACUGUUUUUAAUUCCCCAGAUGCUGUUUCUCAGCAGUUGCUGAAGAAAACACCAGAUGCUGAAAUUAAAACACCAGGUCAUUCCAAGCCGAGUCUAUUGUCAAGCACUCCAGGAGAAACUGGCUACAAAAGUGACACAAAUACAAGUACAAGAACUCUGACAGACUGUGGGGAAGAACACAGUGUUAUCUCCCUUGGUGAACAGAUAAUGAGGCUCUGUGAUGGGCAAAGGGGAGAGGAAUCUAGCAAUCUUGAAAUGAUUACUCCAAGAUCUGGAACUGAUACAUUUGAUGAUAUUACACCAAGAGUUUUAUCGAAAGAGAGACAAGGUACGCCAGAAAGGAAUUUGAAAUUGAAUGGUACUCUUCUGCAAGAAAUGAGAGAUAGUCCUGUUAAAGAUUGUUCCAUUGCUCUAGAAAGAAUAGAUGUUGCAGACAGUAGUGCAGAGUUAUUAAAAUUGCUAGAAGGUAGUGGACCAUAUACAAAGCCAGCUUCUGGGGCCCGCAGUCAGUCACCAAUUAUAAUCGGUGAAGCACCUUCUCCCGUGAGAAAACGAUUGAAAUCGAAAAAAGAGAGGGAUCAACAGUCACGCAGGAAACAGAAAGAGAGCUUUAUAUUGCAAUCAGACACAAACUCAGAGAAUGAAACAGAAGGUAUUACACAGAGGACAAAGUUGCUUGCCAAAUGGACCCAAUCUGAAGAAGACCUGUGCCAGUCUGGGUCAGAGGAGCGUACUCCAAGAAUUUUACCUGGUCAGUCCGAAAUCUUGCCAUCCAUAGCAGAGAUGUCAGUGGUAAAGAAGUCUUUGCUGGAUGAGGUACAGUUAGAGACAGAAACCCCAUCUGAUUCAUGCGAGGAUCGAUCACAACAACUGUUGGCGCAACAUGAGACUAUCCCUUCAAUCCAUUACAAAGGUGCGAGUUUGUCUGUAGCGUGCAUGCAAGUGUUCAAUGAUGAUCUCUAUGUCUGCUACAAUGGGAGUGAGAUCAGAAGGUUUGACCUCAAGACUGGUCAAGUGCUAAAGGAACUGGACUGUUCUCCCUAUCUGGUGAACUGUAUGCACAUUGUAAAUGUGGAGGACCGCGGUGGGGUGCUGUAUACUGGCGGAGCUUGCAGAAAACUCAUGCUCUUCACUCCUGAGAAGUUCAACCUGAUCUCAACAUACGACUAUGGCAGCCGAUUGACGUGUCUCCACUCCAACUGGGGCAGACUUUUUAUCGCAUUCACUGAUGGAAAUGUUUCAUGUAGAUCUCUCAAGACGGACAAGGAACUGAACUGUUUCACAUGUACAACGUCACCGGUGCACGCCAUGGUCAGUACAAGCGCGGGAAUGACGAAGAUGCUUUGUCUCGCUACCGGGGAUAAAGCCAUCUACGUGCUUGACGCGUUCACAGGGUUACUCAUCACAAUGCUGGAAGGACAUACACGACCACCACUGUGUCUGCAGGUGAAUGGAGAGUUUGUGAUCAGUGGUGGAACAGACAAGGCAAUAGCUGUUCACUCUGUCACGAGUGGAGAACUCUUGCAACUUGCCUUGAUUCAGAUUCCAGUUACAAACUUGUAUUGCCACGACAACCGAAUAUACAGCCUCUGUGGAGACAGUACCCUUCGAACAUUUGGCAUGAACCUGAGGGCGGAAGGGAGACAUGAGAUGGACCGCGUGCUGACUAGUGUCCUUGUAGCCAAUGGCUACCUGCUCGUUGGUAACCGGGAGGGGUUGGUGACAGGGCAGUGUAUGGACAGACUGCUUCCAUAUGUUUGCAAGUUUGGGAGCUGCAGACAACAGUUUCGUACAACAGAGGACAUCAAACUACAUGUGAUAUCUGAGCACACUAUGAUUGCCAACCUUUCACACUGUGAUUAUUUGGGCUGUGAUCACAAGUUUAGGAAAGAUGAACGCAAAAAGGAUCACAUGCUUCAACACUUACACCAGAAAAUGGAUGGGACAGUAUUGUAGUUUUGAUCACAUGAAAUAUAUAUAUAAUGUUUUAUGAACAGACCAUAUCACAAGAAAUCUCUAUUGUUUUUAGUGUCAAACAAAAGAUCGUGAAUCUUAUUGUUUGAUUGAUUUGCUAGACAUUUAGCCACAUUUGGAAUUUUUCUUCCAAAAUAAAAGCCAGUCAGUGAGUUGUUAGUCGAUGUCAUUAUAUUUGAUUCAGUUUAAGCUUUUAAGUCAUGUAUUUCAUUGGUUUAAAGAGCUGAAAAUGAUGAUGAUGAUGAUGAUGAUGAUAAUGAUGAUGAUUUUGAAAAAAAAAAUGACAUUUUAAAAACCCAACAGACACACAUACCCUGUCCCCAUUCCCCUCAGGGACUACAUUAACUGCAAAAAACUAUUUUUGAAAGAUAGCAAUAUAUUUUUAAGCUUACACAUCUUGCUGGUGACAGAAACAAGUCUUUUCAUAUUGUUAAUGUUUUUUUGUUAAGGGAAAAUCAUUAUGGAAACAGUUAUUGUCAGCAUUUUGUGGAACCAAUUUUAUGCAGUUCAUUUUGUUAAUUUUUUGUUAUAUUAAGAACAUGUUGAACAUUUUGCCAUCAGUUUUAUAUUAUGUAAUGUUAAACACUACAUGUAGAAUAUUAUUUUUUCACAGUGUACCUAUGAAAUAUUAUUUAUGAAUAAGACAGUACAGCUGUUGAUUAAAUGAGUUAGUGAAUAUUUUUUUAAAACUGUGGUUUAUAUCAACGUCCAUCCUCUCAUGUGCGUCAUUGACAUUUAUACAUUUUUAACGCAACAUCAUGAAGAAAGUUCAUAGUUUUGAUUGAUAAAAUUAUUUUUAGUUUUGCUGAUUUGAUUUUGAGUGAAUUUGUGUUUUUAAUUUGAAAUAUGAAGAAGAAAAUAUUGAGGUAUUGUCAGAGCUUUUGUAUCUUUGUUGUUAUUGAGGCCUUAUCAUUCAAACCUAUGAAAAUUGGCCAUAACCCAAAAAUUGAGAAACAGAAUAUACAAAUGAAAGAUUUGAUGAAUUUUGCCAAUGACAAUAGGCCAGGUACCGCAAGGCCUGUAACUCAGGCUUUACUAAUUGUCCUACUAUGGCCUUGUUCGACUGAAAAAUAGACCAGUGUUGGCAUUCACUCCACGCUUGUUUUACUAUCACAUCAGGUUCCUGAACUAGCCUCUGUCUAAAAUUCAAUCAGAGGAGAUUUAUAUGAACAAAAUAAGGGGAAAAAGAUUGUAAUUACAUGGAGGUUAAAAAUCAAUUUACCCGUAUAGGUCACAAUAUAUAUUUUGAUCUUUGCCAAAGUUCUGUAUCAGUAUAAGUAUAUUUUUUAUUUGAUACUUUGAUCAGUCUUGCCUUUUGUUUUUUCUUAAAAGUGUUUAUGUGUUUUCUCAUAACGUUGAACCCAUUAUUCUCUAAGGUUCACCUUUUUCAAUGACGUUUGGAGGUAAUAUGUAUAUUAGGAUCUGUUUACUUGACCUUAAGAACUUCUAUUAUAGAAUUUGAAAUUCCAAUUCAGUAGAUUUAAUGAGCGUUUUUCAUGCAAAGUCAUAUAAAUAUUUCUUUUUGAUGAAAAGGCUACAACUUCUUGUUUAAUACACUUACUAAGUAAUCAUGAAUGAAAACAAUUUUGCUUGUUUGUUUCCAAAUUUUUUUUAUUUGCUAUUAUUUAAUGUCAUUCGUUAUCUAUGCAUUGAAUUUAUGUUUAUGGCAUAACUCCUCAUGAUUUUACAUUGGCCCAUGUAAAUCAUGACUUGUGCUGUGUCGAUUUUCAUUCAGAAAAGUUGAGAAAUUGAUGUUUUAAGGUCUACUGGCCAAAGGCUAGAAGAGCUUAUGCGAUGGUAAUGUGUAUGUAGUAUGUGCAUCCCUGCGUCCGUGCGUUCGUGGGUCCAUGCGUCUGUAAACAAUUGCUUGUGAACACGAUACAGUCUUCAGUUUUGAUUGUAUCUCCAUGAAACAUGUACAGUAUCUAGAUAUCCACCAGCCAGAUCCGCCCAUGCAUGCCUAGAUUCUGGCCCUUGAUAGUAUAAAAAAAAUGCUAUUGUGUAAACAAUUGGUUGUGAACACGAUACAGUCUUCAUUUUUGAUUGUAUCACGAUGAAACUUGUACAGUAUCUAGAUAUCCAUUAGAGCUCAGUUCCUUUCGAAAACCAGCCAGAUCCGCCCAUGCAUGCCUAGAUUAUGGCCCUUGAUAGUAUAAAAAAAUGCUAUUGUGUAAACACUAGCUUGUGAACAUGAUACAGUCUUCAGUUUUGAUUGUAUCUCGAUAUAUCUUGUACAGUAUUUAGAUAUCCAUUAGAACUCAGUUCCUUUUGAAAACCAGCCAGAUCUGCCCAUGCAUGCCUGGAUUAUGGGUCUUGAAAGUAUAAAAAAAUGCUUUUUCUUGCUAAGUCUAUUUUUAGCCAAGUCUAUAUGAGCGAAGUCUAUUUUUAGCCAAGUUUACAUGUAAAGUCACAAUUGCUUGUGAAGGUUUGUUCAAAUUAUGCCCCUGGGGUCAUUACUGCCCCCCCCCCCCCCACACACACACACAGAGAUCGUCCCGCAAGGGACCAGUGCGGCAACGCAAACGAACUCGGUGACAUUGGCGGAGGCCCCGGGAAGAGUUCUUUUUUCUUUGUAAGGGACGGACUCCCCCCCCCCCCCUUAAAUUGGGAAAUGUUAAAAACCUUUUUGCCUGAAACCACUAUGCAAAUCCUUGCUAUUUUGAACAAGGCUUUAUUUAGUGGUCCACUACCAUGGUUGUUUAAAUUAUGCCCCUUGGGUCAAAACUGGCACUGCCCUGGGUGUCACAAUUUUCCUAGAGAUUUAUUUAAGAAAUAUUUUCAAAAUCUUCUUGUUUCAAACCACAAGGCCCAUACCUUUGAUAUUUGUUGUGGAGCAUCAUAUGAUGCAUUUGAAAACAUUUGAAAUAAUGCCCCUUGGGCAAAAGCUGGCCCCACCCCUUUUGACUUACUUUUUAAUUUUUAAAGCUACAGUAAUGAAAUUUUGAUCAUGUGAACAGUUUUGCAAACAAGCAUUAAUGUUAUCCUCAGAUGUCCUUGAUAUUGUCCUUUGACCGACUUUUAUUUUCAAAGCUACAGAAAUGAAAUUUUGACCAUGAGUACAGUUUUGAAAGCAAAUAUUUUUUACCCUCAAAUUACCUUUACUUGGCACAUAUUAAAAUAGUUCAUGCAACUAAUCUGCUUACAACACUUCCUGUCCUCAGAUGUUGAACGUGCAGCGUUUCAGCUAACCCAAACACAAAAAGUGAACUAUAUAUUUGUGGCCUAUUACUCAACGUACAUGCUCUGGAUUGAAAAUGACCACAAGAGCCAUGCCAGUAGAGCAAAGGCCCUUUUGGGCCUCUUGUCAUUAAACAUGAGCCAAUGAACAACAAUGCUCUAAAAAAAAUGUGCACAAUACAAUCAAUUUUGAGAUAUAACUGCUUGUUUUAAACAGGUAUUUGCUUUAAAUGUGACAAUGAACACAUCAGCCAUUUUGUAAGAGACAUUUGAAUGAAAAACAAAACACAAUCACUAAAAAACCUAGUUCUACAUUAUGUGAAUAGAUCAUUGAAUGCCAUACUUGAAAGAGUUAUAAAUGUCUAUAUGUACAUAUAUUUUUGAUAUAUCUGAACAAGAAAUGUUGACGAGUUUUACAGGUUUAUUAUUACUGUAUUUAUAGUGUAGAAACAGAAGUUAUACAUUAAUGAUGUAUAAUUUUGAUGUAUUUGUCAGUAUUUUGAGGGUGUUCAAACAGUCGUAGUUCUUUAAAUGUGCUCAACUAAUUGUGUGAUUUUUGAUUACAAAUUUCUUUUUUUAAAGUACUUGUGUUUUCAACUUUGUUGUUCUUAUUUGCUAGAUCUUUUACAACUUUAGCUUUAGAUAGAAGCUGUGUUGUUGAGAAACGAGUGAUAAUAAA